ACAGGAGGCGGAGGUGUCUGUCAUAGCUGUGGUGGCGGAGGAGGUGGUUAUGGAGGCGGCGGUCACUCCAAGAAAAUUAUCAUCAAAAUCGGUGGCGGCGGACGUGGCCAUUAUGGAGGUGGUGGUGGCGGUUGCUAUGGAGGCAAUUGUGGCGGCGGCUACGGAGGGGGUGGAUAUGGCGGCGGUGGUCACGGGGGCGGUGGAGGCUAUGGUGGCGGUAGUCAUAGUUAUAGUAAGAGUUUUAGCGCCUCGGGAUCUAUUAGUGUGUCGGGCGGUGGCGGACACAGUGGCGGCGGCGGUGGUAACUAUGGCGGUGGCGGCGCCGGCGGCUGUGGCAGCGGUUUAUGCGGUUAUUCCGGUGAUUGGGAUAAGAAGAAAAAGUAA